AGCAGACGUCACACUGAACAUUAUUCAGUGUUUAGGCUGAAUGUGCGUUUCAUUUGCUGUACAUACACACGCACUGGCUGUAGAGUUGCAAACCGAGCAAAAUGACGAAGGGAAAGAAGUGGAUGCUGGAGCAGCAUUUUGAGGGAAUGCCAAAGAAGAGUGACUUGAAGAUCGUUGAGUUCGAGUUGCCGCCAAUCAAAGAUGGAUCGGUUUUGUUGGAAGCAGUGCACCUCAGUGUUGAUCCGUACAUGAGGCCAGUUUCAGCUAAUUUGUCCAAAGGGGCCACCAUGGUUGGUGAACAGAUAGCGAGGGUUAUCGAAAGUAAGAAUGCUGAUUUCCCUGUGGGUACCAACGUGCUUGUCAAUGCUGGCUGGGUGAGCCACUCUGUUUCCGACGGGAAGGACCUGACAAAGAUCCCACCAUACCCAGAGGGCGUGCCGCUCUCUCUGGCCUUGGGAACCCUGGGUAUGCCCGGCAUGACGGCCAUUUGCGGCUUGUUGGAAAUCUGCGAAACUAAGGCUGGCGAGGUAGUGGUAGUCAGCGGUGCAGCUGGGGCAGUCGGUAACGUGGUAGGACAAAUUGGCAAGAUCAAGGGCUGCAAAGUCAUUGGAUUUGCUGGAUCCGACACCAAAGUGGCCUGGUUGAAGGAGUUAGGAUUCGAUGAAGCCUUCAACUACAAGAAAAUCAAGGACCUGGGCGCUACUUUGAAGUCUGUCGCUCCUGAUGGCGUUAACUGCUAUUUCGACAACGUAGGAGGAGAGUUUUCCAGCACCGUUCUCGAUAACAUGGCAGUACAUGGACGCGUAGCUCUCUGUGGCACUAUUUCAACAUACAACAACACGAAACCACUGAUGUUGCCAUGUAAGGAUUUUCAUCUAAUACUCAAGCAGAUCAAAAUACAGGGCUUCGUUGGUUACUCCCACCGUCACCGCUGGCCUGAAUGGAUCCAACGUAAUAUUCAGUGGAUUCAAGAGGGGAAACUAAAAUACAGGGAGCACGUCACCAAGGGAUUCGAUAAGAUGUUCGACGCUUUUGUGGAGCUGUUCUCUGGAGCAAACAUCGGCAAAGCCGUCGUUGAGGUUUAAAUUCAAUGUUUCAGUCAAAAUGUCCUUAAGUGCCUUUGCUAUCAAACUAAGUUCUAAGAAUGACAGCUUGGGUUUGAAUACCAAGUACUAACAUACAAAAUGGAACUCAGAAAAGCGGAUAUGCUAAUAACUUCAAACAGAUCAACUGUUAUUCCUUGUGCCUUUUCUAAGAAUGAGCUCAAGUUUGUUGUGUUCUCGUUUGUUUAUUGCCACCGUAAGAUCUCCUUUGUUGCUAAAAGCAGUGAUCCCUUGUGACUUAUUUAAACAUAGAAUCAAAGAGGAAAAUGGCGAUAUAUGUCUUGAAAUUUGGAAAGUUUUGUUGAAUUUUAUUUAAGGUCUGUCACUUACAUUGACCAAGAACACACUUUUUUACAAGUUUGUUUACCCGUAGCCGUGAAAAAAAUCAGUGAUUUUUCCGUUCAAUUCCUUGAACAGCGAGUUUUAAUAUUCAUGUCGUAUAGAAUGCGUAUAAAUUACAGUUGAGUGGUGAGUAAAUCCGCAAUCUAACAGGAAUUGUCACGCUAAGAUGGCUGGCAGAUUAUUUUAAAUGGUUUCAACGCAUUUCUCGUUGGGUGCGUUUUGACUAGACGUCUGUAUUCAUUCUUGAUUAAUUGGUCAACAAGAGAUUCAAUUGAAGAGCAGCUUAGAUCAAACCGUUAACUAGUCUGCUAAUGUAGUGGAAAAAGUGUAGUGAUAACUAUAUCAAUUAUAAGACAGAUAUUACAAAAAUCGAAGUAGGAGUCACUUAUCCUUUAGAAUAAGUGGCUAUGAGAUCUAAAAAAAAGACAUUGUGUUUGUCUAAAAACCCGUUUUUCUUCAGAAAAUGUAGAACUUGAACUUGUUGGAGAUGAACAUUCUACUUUAAUUCAAUUUUUGCGUGACCAAACGAGCUGUACUAUUAUUUUAUAUUAUUAUUAUUUUUACUGCUUAACUGCUCUUUUACAGUUCAACGACCUUAUUUCAUAUGGAUGGCCCACUAAAUGGACUGCACUGGUCUCCCAUGGAUCCAAGCAGACAUACAGUCAACAAUCAACAUCACAGAUUCACAGACACAAACAUUUUAAAAGAUAUCAAGCACGAGAAAAGAUACCCACCCAAAAGCCUUGCCAGAAGCAUGAAUCUGCUUUUAAAAGGGCUAUUUAAUGUACACGUGAAUGGAAAGAAAGAUGAAAGUAGUAACAAAUUAUAUCGUCAAUACAAUAAAGUAUUCAACGGUAAGGGGUAAAGAAGCAAACAAAUAUAAAACAUCACAAAAUGUGAAAACUGUAAUUGAGCAAUAAUAAAAAAUUGAGACUAAAAAAAACUUAUAAAAAAGGAUAAACCAAAAAUGAAACAAAUAACGACGGUAUUGAGUGGAGAUAAAAAAUAACGAAGGUAGGCCUGCUAUUCACUUGAAACAUACGUACACAAUUAUAUCAUACCAACCCCCCCCAAAAAAAAAAACCUCUUAGACUAUAGAAAUUUCCUUUAGGUAGUUUGGAAAUAGUUUUUUUGUCCUAUUCAAAAAUUUGUCAAGACGAUUAAGGUAGGUUUUAGUUGCAGAUCAUAUUAUAACCGCCAACAUUUGGAUUCAAUUAUGACAAUUAAGAGACUUUGUCUAUGGGAAGCAUUUUUUAUUCUCUCGGCAACUGACACGUUUGUUAAUGGAAGAAAAAAUGAUUCUUUGGUAAUCUGACCAUCUUAGCUGCCAAUUGGUUAAAAUAAAACGUAUUCGAUGAGUGCGCUGUUUUGAGAGA